AUGAACUCGUUGAGUUUCUGCGGGCCGUCCGGCGCUGGAGUGUACCCCCUCCGCGGCGUGAACUCCAUGCUGUUCGACCUGCACCACCAGAUGGCGGAGCAGUACCGCGUUUACUCUGCAGCCAGUCCCACCGCGCACACCCUGUCUGUGGCCGAGAGACUGGCAGAGCUUAUUCUGGAGGCUCGGUAUGGCAACCAGCAGAAGCAGCGGCGCAGCCGCACGGCGUUCACAGUGUCGCAGCUGCAGGCUCUAGAGAAAGCCUUCCAACAGACACAGUACCCAGAUGUCGGCAUGAGAGAGAGGCUGGCCGUCUGCAUCAACCUGCCUGAAGCUCGCAUACAGGUGUGGUUCAAGAACAGGAGGGCAAAGUUUCGUAAAGGUCAGAGGUGCUCCCCGCUCUCCAGGGACCACAGUCUGGAGGACGCGCCGCAUCGCAGCAAGGCUGGACCGGAGGAAGUCAGGACUGAAGACAUACAGGACAUCACCGCGUCACACAUUGACAGCAGCAUCCCUCCUCCUCCUCCUCAUUUGCAUAAAAUGAGGGAUGCUUGCCCCCCUCUCGCUCCUUCAGACUCUGACGUUUCACAGUGCCCCCUCCGGCUUCACUCUCCUCCACUUUUCCCCUUCAUGACAGGGGAGCGUUACAGUCAUCCACCUCAUCAGCCGGUUGUAGGAGUGCUGUCCGCUGAGCUCACCCUCCCCCCGGUGUUCUGGCCCAUCAUACAGGAGCACAGCUCCGCCCUCGGGGUUCAUCCAUCGUUGGUUACUAAAAACUGUAGCCUCUCACUUCAGACUGCAUGUCCAAAUAAAACUGUGCCUCACCCUCACCUGGGGCUGCAACUGUAG